GAAAUUAUUUAGAAGCGUGUAAAUUGAUGUGUGAACAUAAUCCAGAAUUUAAACAAGUAUUUAAUGGUGAAAUAAAAUAUACAAGUCCUUUGCUUCAAAAUGAACUGAUUGGAAUAUGUGCAGAAAAUGUUCGCAGUAUGAUUGUAACAGAAGUUACAAAAGCUGGUAGUUUUUCAGUUAGGUGUGUUGAAGCUAGGUGCCAUAAACAGGAGCAGAUGUCACUUUGCAUUAGAUAUGCAAACAAAUUUGAAGUAUUUGAACGGUUUCUAGGUUUUAUUAAUGUAUCUGAAAGUCAAAAUGCUGAUUCGCUUGUGUCUGCUGUUUUAUCAUACUCAAAAGUACUAAAGAUUGAUGAUAUUCCAAUUAUUGCCCAAUCGUAUGAUGGCGCAAAUGUUAUGUCAGGCUCCAAAAAAGGAGAACAGACUUUAUUAAGAAAACAUUAUCCUGAUGCCACUUACAUUCAUUGCAUGGCUCAAAGGUUAAACCUCGUUGUUAUUAAUAACAUGUAA